CGUUUUCGUAUAACUUCCAGUGUCUGUUUUUACAUGUACACGUCAGUGAUAAGUCUUUUCGGGAAAAUACAUACACACGUACACUACACGUUGUUUGCCUGUUGUUUUUUCCCGGAGCUGUUAACUGUGACUAAUCUGCGUUUAGAGAGCAUCCUGAAGGUUUUCCAGGUAGCAUAAGCAUUUCCACAGACUGUUUCGUGUGUGAGGAUUGUUUUUCAAUGCAUAGUGACCUGCGAAUAUACACAGGUAACCUUAAUAUGGCACCUGUGUGCACGUAAAGUGAUGACGUAGAACGCAGGAAUUUCGGGAAAAAAUAAAAUGUCUGCCGGAAAGUUAACAUGAUUGUGUGAUUUUACAACAUACUGUUGUGGAUUUUAUUUGAUAUUUAAUUGGAUUAUAACGUACUUCCGCGUUGGAGAACCGAACUUUAUAUUUUCGGAUAACUUCUGUGUUGUUUAGUUAGUUUAUAUACAUUUAUUUUGAUUUCGAAUAAAAUGAGCGAGGAAGAGAACGAAAAUAAGCCGAAAGUGUGUGCGAAUUUUGAACCGCAGGCAUGGAAGAAAAAUAAAUGUAUGAAUUGUUUUCAGCCACCGGAGGCACACGCGAACAUCUCAACGGAAAAUGGUGGGGAACACACGGGAAAUACGGAACGAAGUUUGUCCCCGAGCAAAAAAGGAGCAGCUGCGACGUCACUUAAAGACAAAUAUGAACAACUUGAACUCGAAAAAGACAAACCAAAACCAUUGGACUCACCGCAUACACUGCCGAGAACGAAAGGAAAAGGAGGGCUGUCGACAAUUACUGAAAUGUACAACACAUUGGACAUGAAAAGCGGAAAAUUACCACAGAGUCCGUCGGGUAACAUUCCACCUCCAGUGUUUCCAAAAACAUUCAAAAAGGAUGGUGAUUCAAAUUUGAAAAUGUCUCAAUUUGGUUCUGUCGAAAAUGUGAACUCGAUAGGAGCUGAUUCCCCUGUAGACUUUGGAAUGAAGAAUAAAUUAAAAUUCGGUUCUAUGGAAAACAUAUCCUCUGUUUUUGAUAAAAAGAAAGAGAGUGUAAAAAUACCGGUGCUAAAAAACAAAGUUGAAGACUCGUCACAAAAUGCUGCCCCAAUUACCGCAUCAAAACCUGUUGCUCAAACUAUAACAACAUCGAUUGAUAUUGUUAACAAACAAGAUUCCUCUCAGAACGAAAUGAAAGCGGGUCCUACUGUAAUAAAUAAACAGACAAAUAGUAAAGUGGAUAUAUUUAAAUUACCACCAGACGAUAAGAAAUCAGAUAAAAAAUCACUAAAACUCGAUAUUAAUACUGGCAAUGAAAUGAACAAAGUUGAUAAAUCUUCAAAUGCCAUUCAAACACCAUUGACAAAAGAUAGCAGUUCGCUAAAAACUUUAACAAGUGAAAUCUCUUCAACAAAAAAUAAAUCCGUUAUUUUUACCUCUUUAAAAUCUAAAGACGAUUUAAAAUCGCCUGUUGGCAACUUGGAAAAAGACAAAAAGCCAUUGGGUAACCUAAAAGAUCAGCUAAAGUCACCCACCCCUGAUAAGGACAAAAAACCUGUUUUUGACCUAAAAGAUAGAUUGAAAUCACCCACUCACAAUGAGGACAGCAAAUCUGAAACUAGUCCGCGGAAAGACAAAUUUCCACCAGUGGAAAAGAAAACCGAUAUAAAACCACUUAAACUCGAUAUUAAAACUGACAAGGAAAGGAACAAAGUUGAUGAAACGUCAAAUUCCAAUCAAACACCAUCGACAAAAGAAAGUAAUACGUUAAGGACUUUGAAAGGUGCACUCUCUCCUACUAAAAAUGAAUCAGACUUGGUUAACUCUUCCAAUUCUAAAGACAAUUUAAAAUCGCCAGUUGCCAACAUAGAAAAAGAUAAAAAUCUAACUGGGAAUUUAAGUGAUAAGUUAAAGUCACCUACACCUGAUAAGGACAAAAAUCCUCUUUUAAAUUUGAAAGAUAGAUUGAAAUCGCCACCUCAUAACGAGGACAGCAAGUCAGACACUCUUACGUGGAAGGACAAAUUAAAGUCUCAGUCUAAGGACAAUAAAAUUGAAUCAAAAAGCCAAUUAAAGUCCCCAACAACGGAUUUUGAGAAGAAACCAACUUUUGCUCCGAAAUCAAAAGCGGAAACUGACAAAUUAGCAAAAGAAGAACAAUCUGGAUUGGCAAACAAAGACCAACUCAACCAGAUUAGCCAGCCUAAAGAAGAUAUAAAAUCGCCGGGUGGAGAACAAAAGACAAGUAGAUCUUUUAAACUUCGCGAUAAUCUUAAAACAGGAAACGUUGAUACAGAUAAACAAAGUGCUAAACAAAUAGGCAAAUCUGAGACUGAUUCCAAAAAGGGGUUUAGUUUUAAAGACUCAUUAAAAUCAAAUAAAAAAGAUGACAAUUCAACAGAAAUACAAAAGGAAAAUGAGAGUUUGAAAAGCAAAACCUUAGGUGUUAAUGAUAAAUUAUUAUCAACUCCAACAAAUAAGCUAACCGAUUUGAAAGACAAAUUAAAGCCCAAGGAACAAACGGAAACAAACGUUACACUGCCAGAUAUAAAAGAUCAAUCAAAAUUAAAAAGUAGUUCUGAAGCGAAGACAUCCAAAAAAAUUGGUGAAGAUAAAGACCUAAUAAAGACAAAUGAAGACACAUCAAUUAUACAAUCAAAUAAAUUGACUGAUUUAAAGGAUAAGUUAAAGUCUAAGAAUGAAUCAGAAUCAAAAUUUGGAAAUAAACUGACAGAUUUUAAAGAUAAAUUAAGGUCCAAGACUGAAACCGAAUCUAAAACGGAUAAUUCACUUACAAGCUUUAAAGAUAAGCUUAAAAGUAAAGAUGAAACAGAAACAAAACCGAAAACUAAAUUAAACGAUUUCAAAGAUAACUUAAAGAGUAAAAAUGACACUGAUUCUUCGAGUACUGCCACGGAUAAAUUAAAAUCAAAAGAUGCACCGGACUCGAGAACAGCAAGUAAAAUGAAUGAUGUCACAGACAAAGUAAAAUCUAAAGAAGAUUCUGAAACUGUGCCUAAAAAGACCGAUCUGCGAGAUGCAUUGAAAACCAAAAAUGAUCCUCAGUCGAAAACAUCGAACAAAGUUUUUGAUUUUAAGGAUAAAUUUAAGUCUAAACAAGAUGGAGAACAGGCUACGAUUAAAGUAGUAGAUUAUAGAAACGCGAUAAAGUCCAAAGAAAAAGAUAAAGGAAAAGAAGCGAAGCAAAACGAUAACAAAAAUAGCAAAGACAAUUCACAAUCGACUUCUAAUGCGCUGAUGUUAAAAUCUACAAAAUCUGGAGAUGACGGUAAAAACGAUGGUCAUAAUAAUUUAAACAAAAUAAACGUUUCUUUAACGGACCAAAUGGGAGAAGAAACUGCAGCCUUAAAAUCCAAUGCAAUUAAUGCCGAAAAUAACGACAAAAAAGACGACUCUAAUAAUUUGAUCCCACAGAAAACAGACAUUUCGCCCGAGUCAAAAUCCGACGACAAAGGUAACGCAUGCGCACUCAUUAGCCCGACGCCUGCUGAAAAAUCACCUUUGCACGUGGAUACACAGGUAUUCACCAGCAGUCGGAGUAAAACAUCGGGAGAAAGUAAUCUUGUAGCAGACGGUUCAGUAGAAAGCGCCAGUGGAAGUACGAAGCGACAAAGUGACAUUUCGAUAAUUGACUUUAGAAAGGACAAAAGUCCUGUAGAAAGUAAACAAAGUGACAAGGACAAGGGUGCAGUAAUUCCAAAUGGCGACAUUCGCGAUAGUUUUAGAUCGAUGGAAAAUUCCUCGGGUAAGAAAUCUUCUAUUUCAUGUUCUGAAUCUGAGAUUGAAAAGUUGAAAGAAGAGUUGAUUAAUAUGACCGAGCGAUGUCAAAACCUUGAAACAGAGAACACAUUGCUCAGUGAUAGCAUCAAGAAGAAAGACACUCAGGAGACAGCAUUACAGAAGCAAAAAAAUGAGGUGGAAACUUCGGUCAAAACUUUGCGCCAACAGCUUAAAUGUUUGGAAGAUAAAUGUCAAAAGUUAGAGACUGACAAUGUUAAUUUAAUAAACGAUGUUCAAACGCGUCGUGAGGUAAAUCACCUUAACCAUAAUUCGGAAAAAGAAUCGGACGAAUCCGAUGAAAAAAUGUCGGCGCGCGAAAAGCUUAUGGAAGACAUCAUUGAAGAAAAUGAACAACUCAAGGAAGAAAUUAAAGACCUCAAGGUGGAAAUGGAAGAAAUGUAUGACAGUUUCCGUGAUCAAGAGGCGGAAGAGUUUAGAGAACUUCAAAAGGAGCUCGAGUUCACGGCGAAGAACUGUCGCAUCCUGCAGUUCAAACUGCGUAAGACGGAGCGCCGGAACGAGCAGAAUGAGAAGGAAAAGGCGACGUACGAAGAGCGGCUCCGGAAGUUGCAGAACCAGUUCCAGGACAGAGACGCCGUCGCUCAUAUUCACUCGCUGGAGGACGAACUUAGAAUGGCCAAAGACGUGUCUGUUCGUCUGCACGACGAGAUGGAUCUUCUGGAGGAGAGACGCGGCAAGGUGGAAGAGGAGAACCGCCAUCUGACGGAACUACUCGAGCAGGCGGACCGGAAGCAGUUCCGACUGGAGCUCGAGGUGGACAAACUUAGAGAUAAGGUGAUCGAGCUUCGACAAGAAUUGCGAACUCGAGAAUUCGGACCCGAGGGCGAACCAAGAAAGUUAAACUGUUCGGAAUUCCUUGCCCUGCAUCGUGAAAACACGUGACCCCUUCAGUUGACAACCUUACCUUAGUGACGUCAUGAAACGAGAACAACAUUGCGUCACACACCUCCUAUCGAUCGGCAUUGCGGCUUGCAGCCACAUGACAGAGCGAUGACACGAAGUCGAUUGAUUCGAAUUAAUCAUCAUCCGCACUCUAGUGCUCCUUACCAGCGUUUACAAAAACGUUAUAAAAUUCCAAAAUUUACAAGAGACAAAUUUAAUAUACGUUUGCUAUAUCUUAUUAUAUAUAAUUAUAUAUAAUAUUAAUGCUCGUAAAAAAGAUUUUAACAAAUAUAUGAAAUACACAAACAGAAAACAAACUAUUCACAAAUCAAGAAAUAUUACGUUUAUAAAUACGGUUAAUCAAUUACAUAGUGUGCAUUGAACUAUCUUAGAAUCAUACCAUGAUUGCCAUAUACCAGUAGAUUCAUACUUUAUAUGGAAAAACAUAUCAGUUUGGUCAACACAAUUAAGGCUUAGACAGAAGCGUUGAUGACUUAAAUAAAAGACAAACACAAUGACUACCUACAUGGAUUAUCAUUAAAACUUCAAAGUUUUGCAAAUUUAUUUAUUUACAGACGUCUUCAAAAUAAUAAUACAUAUGCGUAUGCAUACGUUUAUUGAUUUAAUACUGAAUGUUAAUGACCAUGCAAUAUAAAUUUGGGGCACGUUUCAAACUUUAGGAAAGCAUUGUCAUCAUCAAAUGCAAGCACGUUGCUUUUGCUAUAUUUACGAAGAUGCGCUAUGUUUUUGUUGAGCCAAUUAAAAAAAUGUAAAUACGUUGAUACAAUAAUACAUGCAUUUAUAUAGAAUUAAUUUUGUAUUUAUUUUUGAUUGGUGUGAAAGUUGUUUUACCCAUGCAUGUUUGAGAAAUAAUUAAUAUAAUUAUUAUAAUAACAUAAUUUUAUUGAUCCCAAUACACAUUUCAUAUUUUAAGUGUUAUAUGAUAUAAAUGAAUGACACAUGCAAAACAACAAUUUAUUAAUCGUUAAUAUAUAGACAAUCGUUAAUAUAGCAUGAUCAAAUUCACAGGUACAUGCUAUCUGUGUAAAGGUCUUGUACAUGCAGCUGAUAAACGAAGUGUGGUAGUGUCAAUUACUUUAUUUCUUAGUCGUAUGAUUUACAGAAGGAUCCCGAAAGUUUCCACAUUUUAAUAUUUGACCGGCUACCCUUUCUAAUAUUAUACGAGCUUGGUUGAAAGCAUUUUACACAAAAAAGUGCAUAUGUGGUUGGGACAAUUAAUUUGUAAAUCGGACAUAUCAAAUUAGUGUCCGUUGAUAAAGUAAUGAUAUUCAAAUUAAGCUUAUAUGUUGAUUAAAUAUAAUAUAUAUAUCCAUUUGCCUUAAAUCGUAUAAUUUAUAAAUUUAUUGAAAUACACAAUAUUUUAUCUUCAAACAAACUAUAUCGAUGUCUGCGCUUGUUUGGAUUUGAAUAAUCGUUCGUUUGUACAUUGAUAAUACUUUAUAUGUUACUUAUGUAUCUCUUCCAGUUUCGUCUUACCUUGUUUAAUGAGAUCACUUUGUCCUUAUGAAGAUUUAUUUUGUAAUAUGUUUUAUUCCCCACUGUAUUGUAUAUCUCGCGUGAGUUUUAACGUUUGUAUUUAUUUCAUCUUUUAUUUUCUGUAGAUAUUAAUCAAAUUAUGCAAGUAUUUGCAAUACAUAUUAUAGC